UAAUCAUGAAUAAUGUAUACAUUUGCAAAAAUUGUAUGGUGAAUAAUGCAUGUAUAUAAAUAUGCUAUAUCAAAAAUAAAACUCAUUUUAGUGUGUUUUCGAAUGUAAAAAACUGAUUAUACUCUUCAGAAAUUAUAAAGUGGAUCGAAUUUCCGUCAAUAAGAAUUACCUCAUCUGAAAUCGUGAAAUUGUUUCGUUGGCUAGCAAACAUUUACCCUGCCAGAGUGAUUGAGAGAGGGAGUGUGAGACUAGAUGAGCGUGAUCAAUCCCCCACCGAAGGACCAGUUAAGUCCAGAUGACAGUUUCUAUGACGGGGAAGUUCCCCAGGGCCUCGUUGGCACCCCCAGAUACAAUUCGGUGCCUAAGAGAUACGAGGAGACGAAACCAUUCUUCACCCAGAAACUAUCCCACAGGAACAUUCUAGAUAUUGGAGCGAAGUACCACGAGGAGUUGAUUAUGAAGUUGGAGAGUGAGAGGGCGGAGGCUGUGAGGGGGGAGAGGGAGAGGGCGGAGGCCGAGGCGGAGGAGAAGUUGCGGGGGGAGGUGGAGCGGCUGCACCAGUAUGCCAGACAGGACAGAGAGAGGGCUCUAAAGCAACUGCAGGCAAUGCACGACCAACAACUAACGGAGGAGAAAAUGAAGAUAGAAAGUCAGCUGAACCAGAUGUGGCAGGUCAAAUUGGAGGAGGUGGAGGAGGAAAAAGAUGCGGAGAUGAGGAAGGCGGUGGAGCGGACGAGGGAGGCAUGCAUGGCCCAGUUGGACCAGAUGGUACAGAAAGCCAGAGUGGAGGAGAGGAAAAAGGCCAAAGAAGAGCAGGAGGCCCUUAAGAGAAAGCAGGACGAGGCGGCUAGGAAGGAGCGGGAGGUGAUGUUGCGGGACAAGGAUAGUGCAAUGGGGAGGAUGAAGGAGUUGUUGCGGGAGGAAAAGGACUCUGCAGUGGCGGCUGCCAAGAUUCAGGAACAAAACAUGGCCAAAAGCGAACUGGCCACCAUCAUAUCCGCCCAGACACAGAAACUGAUGGAGGUGGAGGCUGAAGUUGAGAAGAGAGAAAUCGAGAUCAAAGAGAGGGAUGACGUCAUCAGCAGACUGGAGGGGGAGAGGGUGGAGCUGAUGGGGGAGUUGAAUGAACAGAAGUUGCGGCUGCAGUACUUCGUGGACAGUGUGAGUCACUUCGUGCCGGGGGAGAAUGAACACUUAGUGGACAAGAGGGGAACGAGGCCAUACAUUCCAGAUGUUACUCCGGUCAUAGAGGGCACAGACCGCUAACUUCAAUCUCAAACCAUUAACAACAAUAACAGCAACAAUACUGUUUUUUCUUGUGCUCAGGUUCAAAAAUACACCGGCAAAUACCCUAUUUUAUGUAAAUUAAUUGUUAAAAAUUAAAGCAUAAUGC